GGCAAAUUUUCAACAGUCACAAACACGUUAAACGCUCGUGCAUUUGCAUAUAAGUCACCUAUCGAGGGACCCAUUCACAUACCAAUUAUCAUAACGUUACCCAUCCAGGUAUUCUUGAUCUUUAUCGUGAUUGGACACACACACACACACACACACACACACACACACACACACACACACACACACAAACAUACACACGAACACUAAAAACAUAACCUUCUUGAAGAAGUUAGUAAAACAACAUUCCGAAUAAGACGUUCCUUUGUUCACGUACCACAUGACCGGUGCAAUUAAGGUGGCUCGGGCGAGGUCACAACAUGGCGGGAAAGCUAAGGACCACCGCUGCUGUCGUACUGCUGUCCCUGACCGACGUCGCCACCAACACCAUCCUGUACAUGAACGGUGCGGAUCUCCACAAGUUCACGCACGACAUCAGCUUCUUCAGCAUCUUCACGUCUCUGAUGGACAUUUGCAUAUUCGGGAUGCUGAGAGGAUGUGUGACGUUUGGAGCUGUCCUGUCCGUGCUGUUCAACGCCAGAGAUGCUGUUCCAAGGCUGAAGCUGUCAAGGUCGUGGGUCGGAGUCUUACCAGCUGCUAUGUGUGCGUACAGCCUUGUCAAGAUUUUGCUGUAUUCAGAAAAACAAGUCGAGUUUCCUCACAAACCCUGGUUCUGGGGUGUCUUUGUCGGCAGUAUCGUCGGAUGUGCAGUGUUCUACCUAAACUGGACCUUACUAUCAAGAAUCAGUACUCAGUCUUACAGAAGUAUAAACUCGGAGGAAGGUACUUUUGAGGAGAAGGAAAGCCUACUGAGAAGUGAAGCGACAAACAAAUCGAUUUUUUCUACGAUGAAGAGACUGUUCUUUUACGCGAAGCCUGUGAUACCGUACUUUCUUGCAGCGACGACUUUCCUGAUUGGAGGCGCUGUCAGUGAUACCUUCCUUCCAUUCUACACAGGCCAGGUGAUUGACGGGAUAGCCAAAAUAGAAACGUCUCAGGAUAACUUCACCCACGCCAUCGUCACCAUGUGCCUUCUGAUAGCCUUUACCUCACUUUUUGAUGGCAUGCGCACUGGGCUGUUUCAAGUCACCAUGAUGAAGUUGAACAUCCGGGUCCGAAACCUGCUGUUCCGGUCCAUCACCCGUCAGGAGAUCGGCUUCUUCGACAGCGUCAAAACCGGUGAAAUGACGUCUCGUCUGAACUCCGACACAACCACCAGUACAGAAAUGCUCAUCAUGAACUUGAAGGUGUUUUGUGCUACCGUGGUGCGAGUGGUCCUUACCGUAGGGUUCAUGUUCAAGUUGUCGUGGCGGCUGUCCAUCCUCACCCUCCUCCUGUUUCCUGUCAUCGCCUUGGUUGCUAAGAUGUACGGCAGAUGUUUAAAGAAAGUGGCCAAGGAAAUACAAACGUCCUUUGCCAAGGCCAACGACGUAGCUGAGGAGACUUACGCCAACAUGAGGACAGUCCGCAGCUUUGCAAAUGAAGAUAAAGAGUGUGAGAGAUACAGUGGGAGACUCCUGGAUGUCUACAAGCUGGUCUUUAGAGAGGCAUUUCUGUUAGGCAGCUUCCUCACCAUCGAGCAUCUCUUCGCCCUUGUCCAACUUGUGUUGACCUUGUACUACGGCGGCCAUCUUGUGAUUCUGAAGAAGCUAACAGGAGGGAACCUGGUGUCCUUUAUACUGUAUCAGAGCCAUCUCAGGGACGCCUUGGAGAAGAUGACUGACGUCUACGUCCAGCUGAUGGUAGCUGUCGGAGCGUCAAAGACAGUGUUGGAAUACAUAGAACGCAAGCCAGAAAUUGAAAACAGCGGUCAGAUGGCACCUCCGAAACCUGAAGGACAAGUAGAGUUCAGGAACGUGUCCUUUUGCUACCCAUCCCGAAAGAGCGCGCAAGUUUUGAAGGAUCUUUCCUUCAAGGUGUCUCCAGGCGAAGUUGUUGCCCUGGUUGGCCCAAACGGCAGUGGGAAGAGCACUUGUGUUAACCUGCUGGAACGCUUCUAUGAGACCAUGUCAGGCCAGGUGCUGCUAGAUGGUAACCCCAUCAUGGCGUAUGAUCACAAGUUUCUACAUCGAAAGGUAGCUUUGGUCGGACAAGAGCCGGUGCUGUUUGCCCGCUCCAUCAAGGACAACAUCUCCUAUGCCCUGGACAACUGCAGCUUGGAGGAGGUGCAGCACGUUGCUAGGCAGGCCAACGCCCAUCAGUUCAUCACGGAGCUGCCCGAGAGGUACAAGACGGAGACUGGGGAGAAGGGGAUGCAGCUGUCUGGGGGGCAGAAGCAGAGGGUGGCGAUCGCCCGGGCGCUGAUCAGGAAACCAGCGGUGCUGCUACUGGAUGAGGCCACCAGUGCUUUAGAUGCUGAGAGUGAGCAAAUUGUCCAACAGACAAUUGAAAACCUGCACGGACACACGGUCAUCGUGAUCGCCCACCGCCUGAGCACCGUGGAGAAAGCUGACCGCAUCAUCGUCAUCGACCAGGGGACCGUGGUGGAGCAGGGGCCGCACGGGGAGCUGAUG